AUGGAGAAAAAGUUCCCCUCGGUCAAAGACGACCCCGUCGCCAGUGCCGAGGGCACUAUAGUCCCUCACAACACAACCAAGCGCGGUCUGUCCUCGCGUCAUCUGCAGCUCAUGGCCAUCGGGGGCUCAAUUGGAACGGGUCUUUUCGUAGGCAUUGGCCAGUAUCUGCGUGAAUCUGGCCCGCUCUCUGUUGUCCUCGGAUACCUCCUUUACGGACUCUUGUUCAUCUGGCCGUGCUACUUGUGUGUGGGCGAGAUGUGUGCAUACCUGCCCAUCCCCGGAUCGAUAUUCGAACUGGCCGCUCGAUACGUCGACCCUGCCUUUUCCUUUGCUAUGGGCUGGGUGUACUUUUAUGCCUGCGUGAUGCUGGUCUGUGUCGAGUACUCAUCCGUCGCUACUGUGAUCCAAUACUGGAACACAGACGUCAAUCCGGCCGUCUGGAUAGCCAUAGUCAUGGUCGUCUGUAUUGCCCUGAACAUCGUCGCAGUGGAAUGGUACGGCGAGAGCGAGUUCAUUAUGUCCUCUACAAAAGUGCUCCUCCUGCUCGGCCUCGUCUUCCUCACAUUCAUCACCAUGGUCGGCGGUAACCCUAAGCAUGACGUCUACGGCUUCCGCAACUGGACCGACGGUGUCAUGUACGAAUAUUACGGGUCCGGCAACACCGGCCGCUUCCUCGGGCUGUUCAACGUGAUGGUCUACGCUGCAUUCUCUCUCCCAGGGCCUGAUAUGCCCGCCCUUGCGGCCGGUGAGAUUCAGAACCCUCGAUACACUAUUCCACGCGUGGUGAAAAUGACGUUCUGGCGUAUUGUCGGCUUCUACAUCAUCGGCACCCUUGCUGUCGGCACAAUCUGCAACCCCAAUGACCCGCGGCUCAUCGGCGCCAUCGAAGACGGCUCCGCCGGCUCCGCAGCCUCCCCUUGGGUUAUCGGCAUAGAGAACCUAGGCAUUCAUGGCCUGCCCGAUCUUAUCAACGCUCUUAUCAUGCUGUCCGGUUGGUCCUGCGGCAACGCCUUCGUCUACGUCUCCAGCCGCACGCUGUACUCGCUCGCGAAGGACGGGCAGGCCCCGCGCUUCCUCAUUAAAUGCACCAAAGCCGGAGUGCCGAUAUAUUGCGUCGCCGUCGUAUCCCUCAUCACCUGCAUCACAUUCCUUGCGUGUGCUAACUCCACCGUCACCGUCUUCAACUGGUUCAUUGACCUCACCACCUCCGGCUUGAUUGUCACAUACACCUGCAUGAUUGUUGUCUUCCUCUGCUGGUACCGGGCCCUCCGCGCCCAAGGAAUCGACCGCAAGACUUACCUCCCCUGGGUGGCGCCGCUGAUGCCAUACUGGGCCAUCCUUGCAUUCCUCGUCGGCUUCGCGGUCACCGUCUUUAAUGGGUUUACCGUAUUUUCGCCCUGGAGCACACAGGGGUUCGUCACCAGUUACUUUGCCAUUGGUUUCUUUGUCGUGAUGUUUGCCUUCUGGAAAACCUGGCAUCGGACGAGCUUUGUGAAGCCCGCCGAAGCGGAUAUCUACUCUGGUAAAGCCGAGGUUGAUGCGGAGUGUAGGAUUUGGGAAGAUGGAGGCGUCGAAGAGCUGAGAAGGGCCGAGUUAGCGAGAAUGCAUUGGGCGAGAAGGUGGUGGGAGAAGAUGUGGUAG